GAGCGACUGCGACAAGAGCAGCAGCAAAGAGAAGCUGAAGAGAUCGCACGGAUGGCCGCGGAAGAGCAACUGCUACGUGAACGUGUGCAGGCAGAAAAAGCACAGCGACGGAUGGAGGAGGAGCUGCAAAGAGAAGAGGAACGCCGAGAAGCAGAAGAGAGCACUCGGAUGGCUGCCGAGGAGCAGCGGCAGAAAGACGUUUGUCAGGCGCAGAAAGAGGAGGAGGAGGAGGAGAGACAGCGCAUGGCGGAGGAGCAGCGCAGAGAAGAGGAGCGACUGCGACAAGAGCAACAGCACAGAGAAGCUGAAGAGAUCGCGCAGAUGGCCGCGGAAGAGCAGCUGCAACGUGAACGUGUGCAGGCAGAAAAAGCACAACGACGGAUGGAGGAGGAGCUGAAAAAAGAAGAGGAACGCCGAGAAGCAGAAGAGAGCACUCGGAUGGCUGCCGAGGAGCAGCGGCAGAAAGACGUUUGUCAGGCGCAGAAAGAGGAGGAGGAGAGACAGCGCAUGGCGGAGGAGCAGCGCAGAGAAGAGGAGCGACUGCGACGAGAGCAGCAGCAAAGAGAAGCUGAAGAGAUCGCACGGAUGGCCGCGGAAGAGCAACUGCUACGUGAACGUGUGCAGGCAGAACAAGCACGGCGACAGAUGGAGGAGGAGCUGAAAAGAGAAGAGGAACGCGGAGAAGCAGAAGAGAGCACUCGGAUGGCCGCGGAAGAGCAGCGUCAGAAAGGCGUUUUUCAGGCGCAGAAAGAUGAGGAGAGACAGCGCAAAGUGGAGGUUGCACGGAUGGUCGCGGAAGAGCAGCUGCAACGCGAACGUGUCCAGGCAGAAGAAGCGCGGCGACGUAUGGAGGAUCUGAAAAGAGAAGAGGAAAGACGUGAAGCGGAAGAGAGCGCUCGGAUGGCUGCCGAGGCGGAGCUGCAGACGGCAAGCCACGGACACUGCGACCAGGCAGGACCGAGUGAUUCCGGAGCACACUGGAGGGCCGUCAGGUCGUAUGUGGCCGACCAAGUCACCGUCAAGGAGAUGGCUGAGCUGGAGCUGAAUCCUGUGGAUCAGAGGCAGAAGCUCCAGGAAACUGCGGCACGCUUCGAGCAUUCGGCAGCCAGUGAAGACACGGACGAGAGCACCAUGCUGCACAAGGCCUGCCGCAGUGGAGAUGCUACGGCUACCGCAGCCAUCCUCGCCCUUACAAGCGGGGCAGGACAGAUGUCUCGUGACGGUCAGGGCUUGUUGCCAGCAGACCUGGCGAUUCUGCAUGGCCAUCCUGCAGCGGCAGCCGCGGCCCUCCGUGGCACGCCGCUCGGGGAGCUGAACACUUUGUCCUUGCUGCUGCUGCCGCUGCUGCUCCCGACCGGAGCACGCGCCGUGCCGGAGCAGGCCUCCCUGGAAGCGGGGCUUCGAGCUGCCUCUGCCACCGGUCGCGAGGCAGCUGUUCGGCUCCUUCUGGAGUCUCGCGCUUCCGUGAACGCAGCCCAGGAGGAUGGUGCAACUGCCUUGUUGCUCGCCUGCCGUCCUGGCCACUGCGAUGUGCUGACAGCCCUGCUGGCCGCCCGCGCAGACACCAACAGGGUGGCAGCCAGUGGGCGCGCUCCCCUGCAUGCCGCUGCGGAGACAGGCAGAACUGAGAUGGUAAGGCUCCUACUGCAAAGCCGGGCCAACGCAGAGGCUUUGACGACGAAGAGUGCGAGCAGCCCGCUUGCGCUAGCAGCACGUGCGGGCCAUUUAGACUGUGUGCAGGAGCUCCUUGCGGCCCGUGCCGACCCGACUGGUGGUCAGAGGGUGCAGGCUGCACAGGGCUCGCCCGCCUGGCCACCACUUCUGGCGGCCGCGCAGCACGGCAGGGACGACGUGGUUGCACUGCUGCUGGAUGCAAGAGCUUCCCCGAGCAUGACGUCAUCUUCCCCGUUGCACGAAACUGCUCGGCGCGGCCAUGCACGGACAGCCCGACUUCUGCUGUCACGUGGUGCCGAGUUAGAGGCGCGCAAUGACCAGGGCGCUACGGCUUUGCACCUCGCUGCGCAACAGGGUCGAGCAGAGGUGGUGCAGCUUCUGCUGGACCGCGGGGCAUCCUUAGGCGCUUCUACGAGUGCUGGGGCGGUGGCCCUCCAUGCUGCAGUUCAACUCCAACACCUGGAAGUCGCCAGGCUCCUGCUGGACGCCCGAGCCGACCCGGAGCAAGCAGUCGCCAGUGACGGCAGUGGUGGCGGCUGCCGUUGCCUGCAUCUGGCAGCCCAACAGGGCUUCUACGACUGCAUCCAGCUUCUGGUGUCGGCCCGCGCCAACCCGAGCGCAGAGAUGCGUGGAGGUUUUACGCCUUUGGCUCUGGCAGCGCGCUCUGGGCAUGCUGAGUGCUGUCGAUUGCUUCUGGAGCUUUCCAGGGCACAAGGUGAACUGAAGGCUGUGGAUGCCCCAACCGGCACGGGCUGGACACCACUUCUGCUGGCGGCGAAGGCCGGGCAUGUGGCAGCGGUGAGGCAACUCUUGGACUCUGGAGCCUCGGUGAAUCUCCCGAGCCGUCGCGGCCGCACUCCACUGAUGGUGGCAGUGGAGGCCUGCCAGGUGGAAGUGGCCGAGGUCCUGCUUCAGUUCGGGGCAGCGCUGUCGCCGACGCUGCCCGGCGGGUGGACUGUUUUGCACCUGGCCUGCCAUGUGCCUGGCAAUCGGACGACGAUUCAACAACUUCUGCGUGCCCGUGCAGAUGCCAAUGCGCUGACAGAGGAGGGUUGGGCACCGCUACACCUCGCCGUGCAAAGCCGGGACGAGUCCAACGUGCAGACUCUGCUUGCAGCAGAGCCGCCUCCUGCAGCUCUAGCAGACGUGCAGGUCCCUCUGUCGCCGCUGCACGUCGCCGCGGAGGCUGGAUCUGUUGGGAUCGUGAUGUUGCUCCUGCGAAGCAAGGUGGUCCCUGUGGAUGCAGUUGCAGAGCAUGGGAUCACCGCGCUACACUUGGCCGGUGGUGCUAGUCAGUCGGAAGGACCUCCUGGAACUCCGACAGAUCCGUCUGCAGCGGCGGCUGUGGCAGAGGUAUUGCUGAACCACGGAGCCACUGUGGAUGCCGCCAUGGAGGGGGGUGUUACGCCUCUGAUGGUGGCAGCCCGGGUUGGGCGAGAGGCCGUCGUCCGUGUGCUGUUGUCCAGCGGUGCAGAUGCUCUGCGACGGCUUCCCAGCGGGUGGUGCAGCUUCCUACUGGCGGUGCGGAAUGGCCACGCUGGCAUCGUGAAGCUCCUCGUCCGUCCGGAACUUCUCGAGGUCAAGACUCCCGCCGGUCGAACGGCUCUGCAGUGUGCGAAGAAGUAUGGACACAGUGAAACUGCGGCCGUGCUUCAAGAAGCUAUGGCUGACGUGAAUGUACGCCCUGUCGAUUAG